UGUGUUUCUAUAGUAGAGUUUCGUGCUAUUUCCCACUUCGAGAAAAAUCCAACACCCAACACAAUUGCUUUUAUUAAUAAUCUGAAUCCCCAUACAUUUUAUUAUUCAAAUCUUUCAUUACGUUUAAUUGUGUCGCAUUAAAAACCCAACCACAAUCUGGUUUUAUUGCUAAAAUGGUGAUCAGGAUACUUAUUGCUCACAGAUGUAAAGCAUUCACAUUAUUCCCAAACAGUUCCCUCCUCUCUCUCUCUCUCAGUCUCAUCCUUUGUUUCUCAGCACAGCUUGCUAUUUGGUUGUAGAGUUUUUGGUUGCAACCCCAAAUUUCUCUUCUUGAUGAAUUGAAAUUUGGGGGUUUGAGGGGUUUCAGGUUGCUCAAAGUGCAUUUGGAUCUUCUGGGUCUAAAAGUUUUCAUCUUUUCCAAGUGAUUUAGUUUCUGGGUCUUAAAGGGUUCACAUUUUUCAGUAUUGGGUUUCUUCUGGGACUUGUGGGGUUUAUGGGUGUGGUUACUUUACAGUGAGGUGGGUUUCAGCUGUGGAAUAGAGAAGAAAAUCUUGUGAAACUGUUUUGGGGUGUUGAUCAGUGUGUUGUGUGUGCUGCCUUGAGCUCUCAGGAGGUUCUGGUUUUUGGUGGCUUCUGGUUUAAUGCUACGAAAUGCUGGAGGAAUUUGCUGAACUUUGAGAAGUUUUGUGGGUUCUGAUCUCUCUCGAAGUUUUACUAAAGGUGAUUUCUUGAUCUGCUGUGAGUUCUAUGAAAAUCUUAGCUUCAGUACCUUGAGACUAAUUUACUUUCAUCAUCUCUACACUGCUUUUAGAAGUCAGUGCAUAUCUACUGGAAGGUCUUACAGAUCAUCCAUAUUGACCCUUGAUCCGAAAUGUGUUAUUUCUGGAGCAACUGUGUGUUCUAGGUAGGUCAAGUUACUAACUGUUCUGGUGUCAGUUUGGGGUUUAAGGAGUUAACUGAGAAAGAAGCGUGGGGGUAUAUAAGACCAGCCUAUUUGUUGAGGAAGUAGUUGAUUAUGGAUUUCUUCAAAGUUAAGAAGUUUAGAAAAGCUCACAAACCAGACCCAGAAAAUGAGUUGGAGGACAAUCCUGUGCCUGUGCCAGAGGAACCGAAGGAGAAUGGUGGUGAUGAAAAAGGCAAGGCCGUUAAUGUGGAUCCUAUAGCUGAAGCUGAUGAUGACGAUGAUGAUUUCAUAACAGAGGAAGUCAAGAGAAGGUUAAAAGAAUUGCGAAGGAAUAGUUUUAUGGUAUUGAUCCCGGAAGAAGAGUCAUGUGCUGAAGAGGAGGAGGAAGAAGAAGAGCAGGGAGAGACGAGCUCCAAUGAGUGGAGGGAUGUAGAAGCUGAGGGUCGGCAAUGGUGGUGUGGCUUUGGUGCUGUAUAUGACAAAUACUGUGAGAGGAUGUUGUUCUUUGAACGGAUGAGCACACAGCAGCUAAAGGAAGGUUGUCUGACAGGCAUCCAAACCCCUACAACUCCAUCACCAAGACCUGCAUCUAAGAAGCUUUCCUCUCCUUUUCGCUGUCUCUCUUUGAAGAAGAUUGAAGAACCUAAUGACGAGACUGAGCAUCUCCAGCAGCCAGAGAUUGACCCUUAUCAUGAUAUUGAGACAUCAUAUGUAGCUCAAGUUUGCUUGUCUUGGGAGGCACUGCACUGUCAAUACACUCAACUGAAUCAGCUAAUCUCAUGCCAACCUGAAAAUCCCACCCCCUACAACCACAGUGCUCAACAGUUUCAACAAUUUCAGGUUUUAUUACAAAGGUUUAUUGAAAAUGAACCUUUUGAGGAGGGUCUCAGGCCAGAAAUUUAUGCUCGCACGCAGAGAGUUCUGCCUAAACUACUCCGGGUCCCUAAUAUACAAGGUCCAAUUAAUAAAGGGAAAGAAGAAGAAGAAUCAGAUUCCUUGAUUCUUGCCCCUGAUCUGAUCAAGAUUAUUGAAACCUCGAUCCUCACAUUUCUACUUUUCCUGAAGAUGGACAAGAAAAAAACAAGUGCUGGUCUUAGCUUAUUUGGAAAUCAAAACCAUGCUACCCCACUUCAGCAGAUUCAAACUUCACUGGAUAAGAAAUGGAUGAAAUUAAAGGAACUUCGUAAAAAGAGGAAAAGUCGGAAGAAGUCAUGGCCGCAAUCACAAGAAGAUGUUCAGCUGUUGUUUAGCCUCACUGAUGCAAAGGUUUUGUCAAGGGUUCUCCGGAUGGGAAGAAUUAGUAAAGAGCAGCUAUUUUGGUGCGAGGAAAAGAUGAAAAAGCUAGAUUUGGUGGAUGGCAAGUUGUGGAGAGACCCCUCUCCCACCCUUUUCCCUUGUUAAUAUCUGCCAGGAAUGGUGACUAAGCAGCAUUGAUCUGUUUGAUGGUAAACUGCAGAUUUUAGCUCUUUCUCAUAUCUGUGUUUUCGUUUAUGUGCUCCAAGGAAUUUUAUCCUCUGGCGACUAAAUUUGCCAACUCUGUACACCUAGACUACUCUCUGUGUAUGAAUAUUAAGAGGAAUUUGCCUUUUGCCACUAAGACUAGUAGAGUCCAGUUUCACAUCUCACAAAUAGCCCUUUAAAUUCAUUUUCUGUC